AUGGGAUUAUUUGAUAAAUCAUCAUCAACAUUAUCACCACAGCAAGGUGAUCCACAGAAAAUGCCAAUAGCUUCCUCCAAUUCAAUGAAUGAAUCAUCAUCCUUUUCUUUAUCCGACACGAGUUCAUCAUCUUCGGAAAGAGGAGGAGUCUCCCCCAAGAAGAAAUCAGCUCUCCUUGUUUCUGGUGCCAUUGGAUUGGCCAUAUUGGGAUUUGCCAUCACCCGUUACAAGGUCUGUGCUCCUAACGAGUAUUUAGUUCGAACAGGUUUGGGCAUCAAGAAUAUUGUGGUGUCCAAGAAGGGAGUGAUUUGGCCAGGUCAGAAAGGAACAUUUGUGAGCAUUAAUCCAAAGACGUUUACAUUCAAUUUGCAUAACAUGAGCAAGGAAAAAGUCGAAUUUAAACUUCCUGUCACAUUUACCAUAGGACCAAUUGACUUUUUGAAAAAUCAAGAAGGAUUUAUGACUUAUUGUUCAAAAGUAACUGAAUCCACUCAAAAGGACAUUGAAAAUUUAAUUGCAGGUAUUGUGGAGGGUGAAACUAGAGGUUUGACUGCCAAGUUGACCAUUGAGGAAAUGUUCAAUUCGAAGGAAAGGUUUAGAGAAGAGGUCGUUUCAAAUAUCGAGAAAGAUUUGAACAUGUUGGGUAUGACCAUUUAUAAUGCAAACAUUAAGGAAAUGUCAGAUUAUGAUGAGAGAAACAAAUAUUUCGAAUACAGAAAACAAAGAGCCAUUGAGAAGGCCAACUAUCAAGCUCAAGCAGACGUCAGUGAGGCUAGAAGAGACGGUGAAAUUGCUGUUGAGACCAAUCGUCGUGACACUCGAAUCAAAAAAGCUCAAUUAGAACAAGAGGCCAAACUUGCUGAAAAUGAAAAUCUUAAGACUAUUGAAGUUUCUAACGCUCAACUCGAAGUGAUUCGAUCUGAAAAUUUCGAGAAGAGUGAAAUUGCAAGAAUUGAGGCUGAAAUGGCUGCCAAAGAAAAACAGGCAAUAUUGCAAAGAGAUGUCAACACCAAACUCAAGGAACAACAAAUUGAAUUUAUGAGAAGUGAAUCCUUAGCAAAAGCCAUUGUCGAAGCAGAAGCCAUUGAAAGAAAUGCUGAUGCUUUAUUCUAUAGUGAAAAGAAGAAAGCAGAAGCCAUUGAACUCACACUGCAAGCUCAGGCUAAUGGUCUUCGAAUGAUUUACGAGUCGUGUGGACGUCACCCUGCUCUCACGCAAUUCUAUCUUGCUCUCAACGCAAACUUGUAUCCAGAACUGGCCAAACAAAGUGCUGAAGCUGUACGAGGCCUUAAUCCAAAGAUUAAUAUUUGGAACACUUCAGGAGAUUCAGACAAGAAUAGCGAUACGAUGCAACCCAUUUUGAAAAUGGUUCAAUCCUUUGCACCAUUAAUGGAAGGAUUGCAAACUCAAGGAAAUGUGAAAAUUCCAGAAUGGUUACCUCAACAUUUUAGCGAACAAUUUCCACAAAAAUCAAGCAGUGAUGAGAAGGUGUGCGAAAAUGCAAAUGAACCUUCUGGAAGCAAGUUGUAA